CACCGCGCAGUGGUGCCGGAAGCCGCGCGAGAUGUUGCUGAGGCUGGUCUCGCGCUGCCGUCUGUCCGCGCUCGCGGCCCCGCGGCUAACGGUCGGCCUGAGUGGGCGGGAGGCCGCUCGCCAUGUCUCGGUGCCGGUCACUGUGGACUUCAGGCGUAGGAGCGGCCUGUCGGCGGCUGGCCUGGUCGGAUCGGCGCCGCCGGCGGUGCAGCCCUACCUGAAACUGAUGCGACUGGACAAACCAAUCGGAACCUGGUUGUUAUAUUUGCCUUGCACCUGGAGUAUCAGUUUAGCAGCAGAACCAGGUUGUUUUCCAGAUUUGCCCAUGCUUGCACUUUUUGGAGCAGGUGCAUUACUGAUGCGAGGAGCUGGGUGUACGAUCAAUGACAUGUGGGAUAAAGAUAUUGACAGAAAGGUUGCCAGAACUGGGGAUCGGCCUAUAGCUGCUGGAGAAGUCACUCAUUUACAGGCCCUGGCGUUUUUGAGCGGUCAGCUGAGUUUGGGACUUGCUGUUCUCCUGUGCUUAAAUGAUUACAGCAUUGUGCUUGGAGCUGCAUCGCUGGGACUAGUAGUCACUUACCCACUAAUGAAGAGAGUAACAUAUUGGCCACAGCUAAUUCUAGGUCUUACAUUCAACUGGGGAACACUUUUAGGGUGGUCUGCUGUGAAGGGCUCCUGUGAUUGGUCAAUCUGCCUACCACUUUAUAUUUCUGGUAUCAUGUGGACAUUGAUAUAUGAUACUAUUUAUGCACAUCAGGAUAAAACAGAUGAUGCUCUUGUAGGAGUGAAAUCAACUGCAUUAAAGUUUCAAGAACAGACCAAACAAUGGCUAAUUGGAUUUAGCACAGUCAUGCUGACAGGAUUGACGAUAGUAGGACUAAACAGUGAACAGACGUUACCAUACUACGCUGCUGUGGUGACUGUUGGAGCUCACCUGGCUCAUCAGAUAUACUCAUUGGACAUAAAUAAUCCCCAAGAUUGUUGGGAGAAAUUCUGUUUGAAUCGCACAUUAGGAUUUAUACUGCUUUCUGGAAUUGUGCUUGGAAACCUCUGGAAAAGAAAGAAGUCAGUUCAUAACACUGAAAAGAUGUAGUAGUUAUUGACAGCUUCUAAACCAGAUAUCAAGAUUAUGUAGUAAAGCUGAUAAAGGUACCAUCGUCCAUAUUGUACUUUUAUUGUUAUUAAACAAAUUUUUAUAUUUUUCUCUUGGCGAACUAAGUUAUUCCAAGUGCAAUUUUGAAUC